AUGCUCACCGACGUGAUUAUAGAAGAAGACUUUGAACAUAAAGAGGAGGAAUCGUGGUACAGCAAGAAGGAUUUGGAGCGUGAUCUGCAUUUGGCUGCGGAGCUGGGUAAGACCCUUUUGGACCGGAACCAUGAGUUGGAACAGGGGCUCCAGCAGAUGUAUUCUACCAAUCAGGAACAGCUGCAGGAGAUUGAGUAUCUGACUAAACAGGUGGAUCUUCUGAGGCAAAUGAAUGAGCAGCAUGCCAAAGUCUAUGAACAGCUGGACAUUGCUGCGAGAGACCUGGAACAGAGUAACCACAGGCUGGUUCUGGAUAACCGUGCUGCUCAGCACAAGAUCCAGAGCCUGACGGAGAUGAUUGAUGGGCUGCAGAUGCAGAUGGAGGGCCUGCAGAGGCAAGUGGAGGAGUUGAAGUCAGCGCAGUCGGAGCGCUGCAGACGUGAUCUGACAGAGCAACGCCGUUGCCUUGGCGCCCAGAGCAUUUCCUGUCUGAAGGAGCUCUAUGACCUACAACAUGACAAGUUUGUGAGCAGUGAGAGCCUGCGUGGGGAGCAGUCUUGGCCUGCGCUGGACUCCUGUCUCGUUGAGGAGGAGAACUCCUCUAUGCAGCGCUCCGUCGAGACCCUCCAGGCACAGCUGGCGUCUGAGCGUGCUCGCAGGGAGGGAGCCGAACGUGAGAUGGCUCUGACCCUGCAGGAGAACGACGCUCUAGAACAACGGUUGGCUCUUCUAGAAGGUUCUCGACGUCGGCAGGCGGAGCUGGAGGCGGAGGUGGAGGAGCUGCGCCAGCUGUGGCGCGCCGAGACCGCCAGCGCCAGGCGCGUGGACCUGCUCCUGCCCGACGCCGUCUUUUUCCCGGCCGAGGAGAAGGCGGCCGGCGACGACAAGGCCGAGGAGGCGGGGCCGGAGGCGGGCGCGUCCAAGGCGGUCAUUCGGGGCAGGCGCCGCUGCAGCAGCGAGGUGUCCCACGCCGAGGAGAUCCGACGCAGACACGACCGCACCUGCAUCAGACGGGCUCAGGCCGUGAAGCAGCGCGGGAUCUCCCUGCUGAACGAGGUGGACGCGCAGUACAGCGCCCUGCAAGUCAAGUACGAGGAGCUACUGCGACGCUGCCAGCAGGGGGCAGACAGCCUCAGCCACAAAGCCGUGCAAACGCCCGCGGCUCAGGCCAGCACGCACCCGCACGCCCCAGACGCUCCCAGCCGCGCGAUCGGCUCUACAGCCACCGCCGCGGGAGGCCUCUCUCUCGCCGACGAGAUCCAUCAGCCCGAGUACAAGGCCCUCUUCAAAGAAAUCUUCACAUGCAUUCAAAAAACCAAAGAGGACCUGAGUGAGAACAGAAAUAAGCCCAGUCUUGAAGAGUGA